CCAUCCGCCAUCCUCGAUACCCUCACUUCACCCGAGAUCAUCCGACCGUAGCCAUGAAGUUCUUCACCACCUUCGUUUCAGCCAUCGUCCUCACCGCCUCGGCCGUCACCGCGACUCCCAUUGUAAAGGUCGCCAACCUUGCUUCCUCUGGUCCUAAGGGUCCAGCAACCCUCAUCGUCUACAGUCCCCACGUCACAGCCCCCACCGCAGGCCAGAUUUGGACGACGGGUUCAAACCAAACCGUCACAUGGGAUACCUCCGAUAUCCCCGAUGAGAAGCAGGAUUCUCCUGGAAUGCUCCUCCUCGGUUACUUGGAAAACGGGAGUGAAAAUCUGGACAUCAACACGCCUCUCGCUGUGAACUUCCCCCUCAGCGGAGGAAAUGUCACCUUCACGGUCCCCGUGGUGGACACCCGGACCGACUAUGUUGUAGUUUUGUUCGGUGAUUCUGGCAAUACUUCUCCCCAGUUCACCAUCUUUAAAGCUUGAGUGCGCGGGCUCAGGGGACGAUACCAUAUGACGAACUGUUGAGGGCAAAGGAUUCCAAAUCUUGAAUCCUUCACUCUGACGGACAUUGACUAGUGACUCCUCACGGACUUUGACGCACUACUUUGUGUGCAGCUUGCUUACUUUCAGUACUACCCUCGCCCAUGCAUACGCAAUAGCACUUACUGUACUGCAUUGUGCCACUAUGCCCAUCGGCUUUCUUGA